UGCCAUCCCAUGACCCACUAUAACCACAAUGACGACAACCUGCCCCUGCCCACCCCAAAUCAAGCAGCUCUCCUCCACCAUCCCCACAAAAGGCCAGUUCGACUUCAGCUUCCUCCCCACCAUCACUCAACCCCUCACCGACCUCUCCAAAUCCAUCGAGGCAUGUAAACACCCCUGCCACAACUACAAUCAGGACCUGGCUACUCCCAUCGUCGAUCUCUCCGACGCGGUGCUCUCCCUCUGCCAUGCAGCUUGCACGACCUACCAUCUCCUCGAUGAUGAGCUAGGUCCCGCCGCUGGUGUUGGUAGCACUACUCCUGCUCCUACUCGAACGGGAAAUGAAGGCUCCUCGUGGACAUGCACCAAAUCCCCCAUGGCGCUGGGCAGACUCACCCUCCAGGAUGAGGAGGAGACCCUCCUCGCGCGACAGGUGGUCUACGCCGUGCUUACGCGCCUGAGUGCUCUUCUGCGCGAUGUGUAUGUCCGCGGGAAGGAUGCAACUGGGAGUAGUAACGCGCUUGGUGCUACUGCUACUGUUACUGCUACUGUCGUGGUUGACUUUGACUUGGGGAUGGCGUUGGGGACGAGAUCUGGCUUGUAUGGUCGGGAGGGCGACGGUCCUGUCAAUCAGUGUUUGUCUAGGGUGUUGGGGCUGUUGGGGAGAUUGCUUUCUGAGUGAAGACGCAGGAAAUAAUAUAGUACGGAUGAUUAUUAACAAGUGGGCUAUGGGAUAUUGUACCUCAAGAAACCAGGAAGAAAGUAGAGAUGUUGUCUCAAUGCAAGGUUGAGAAAUGCAGGGAAACUGAGGUGGAAUGUGUUGAAUUGAUUGAAGGCCAAAGACCGAUUAAGGAGAAAGAAAG